CUUCUUUAUAUUGCUCUUUGAUCCCUCUCCAUCACCAGCCUCGUCCCCCCUUGCUCUCAUGGGCAACAACUUGGUCUCUCCCUGUUUUCCGGCAGCCACCCACGCCGCCUCCGCCACCACAAAGCUCAUCUUUUGGGGAGGAGCCACCCGCCUCCUCCCCUGCCGGCAACUUGCCGGCGAACUCAUGUAUCAGUUCCCCGACAGCCUCGUCUGCCACGCUAACUCCUUCUUCAUCGGCCAACCCGUCCCCGCACUAGCCAUCCAGGACGAGCUAAUUUCCGGCGAAACCUACUUCGUUCUCCCCUCCGACCACCUGCCCUGCGGCACUCUCACCGCCGCCUCUCUCGCUCUGCUCUCUUCCACCAAAGGCCAGCAAUCGCCUUUCGUUCACGGAAAGUGUCCGUUUGAGUAUGUAAAAGGAAAUGAUGGGAAAUCACAUAUAAGGGUGCUUCCGGAGUUUAUUGAGAGAAUGAUAAGUGGCGACGGCGCCACCGCCGCCGGAGAGGGGAAGGGAGGUUGCGGCGGGGUUUGUGAAGAGAUAUGUAGUACGCCGGAGCUGAAGAAACAGUAUGAGCAAUUGGUGGGGUCGAAGAACCGGCCGUGGUCGCCGAGGUUGGAGACGAUUACAGAGAGUAAUUUUAAGGUGAGAUUGUCUCCCGGCAGGAUCUUCGGGUGCGAUAGAAUCUAAUCGAUGUAUAAUUGGGUGAAACAAAUAUAGAAAAAAGAAUUGAAAAAGGACUUUCAAUAUAUUUUGUAUUAAGAUGAGCUUAUUGACCUUAGAUUUUCUCUAAGAUUAGUGCAAUACAUGUGAUAUUCAAUAAUUACACUAAUCUCAGAAAAAUGAAAGGACAUUGAAGUAUGUCAUGAGGUAAAA